GACUCGUACCUGUUGUUUGCACACAGGCAGUUCUCCCUCUAGACAAUGCCGACCGUUUCUGUAGAUAAAGAAGACCUGUGGGAGAGACUCGAACAAAAAUUCACCAAGGAGGAGUUUGACAAGCUCUGCUUCGAGUUUGGUAUCGAGCUCGAUGAGGAUACCACAGAAGAAGUAGAGGAAGCUAUCAAGAAGGGCCUGCCCGCAGAGCGUCCACAACUCAAAAUUGAGAUACCCGCAAAUAGAUACGAUCUACUCUGCAUAGAGGGCAUCGCUCGCGCUCUUCGCGUUUUCCUCGGGAAGGGAGAGGCACCACAGUACAAGCUUGUCUACCCGCCUGGUGGUGAAGCCGAUCUUCUCGAGGUCACCGUCUCGCCCGAGACGCAACAAGUCCGGCCCUUCUUCGCGUCUGCCAUCCUCCGAAACGUCACCUUCACGCAACGAUCCUACGACUCGUUCAUCGACCUGCAAGACAAGCUCCACCAGAACAUCUGCAGGAAGCGGUCGCUGGUCGCCAUCGGCACACACGAUCUGGACACGAUCACCCGGCCGUUCACAUACGAAGCGCGGCCCCCAAAAGACAUCAAGUUCGUCCCGCUCAACAAGACCAAGGAAUACACGGCCGAGGAGCUCAUGACGGUGUACGAGUCCGACAAACACAUCGGGAGGUACCUGCACAUUAUCCGCGACUCGCCGGUGUACCCCAUCAUCUAUGACGCAGAGGGGCGGGUGUCGUCGUGGCCGCCCAUCAUCAACUCUGAGCACAGCAAGAUCUCGCUGAACACCCGCAACGUCUACAUCGACAUCACGGCGACGGACCUGACCAAGCUGAACAUCGUCGCCAACAUCAUCUCCACCAUGUUCUCCGAAUAUUGCGCAGAGCCCUUCACCAUCGAGCCCGUCAAGGUCAUCUACCCCGACGGGAGAGUGGUCAUCACCCCCGACAUCUCCUCCCGCCCGAUGGAAGCCCACGCAACCUACGUCAACUCGUGCACCGGCCUCUCCCUAUCGUCGAGCGAGGUCCAAGGCCUGCUAGAGCGCAUGUCCCUGCCAACGCAGGUGUCGCCGACCGAGCCGGACACGCUGCUGGUCAAAGUGCCCGCGACGCGGCCGGACAUCCUCCACGAGUGCGACAUCAUGGAGGACGCGGCGAUCGCGUACGGCUACAACAACCUCCCGGACACGUUCCCCGCGACGAGCACGGUCGCGCAGCCCCUCGCCGUCAGCAAGCUGACCGACAUCAUCCGGCACGAGUGGGCUUUUGCCGGCUGGGUCGAAGUCCUCCCCCUCAUCCUCUGCUCCCACGAGGAAAACUUCGAGUGGCUGAACAUCCCAGACGACAACGCGACGGCCGUCAAGAUCGGGAACCCCAAGACGCUCGAGUUCCAGGUGGUGCGCACGUCGCUCCUGCCGGGCCUGCUCAAGACCGUGCGCGAGAACCGCUCGCACGCGCUCCCGCUGCGCAUCUUCGAGGCCGCGGACGUCGUGUUCAAGGACGAGGCGCGCGAGCGCCAGGCCCGCAACGCGCGCCACGCCGCGGCCGUGUGGUGCAACAAGACGGCCGGGUUCGAGGUCGUGCACGGCCUCCUCGACCGCGCGAUGGCGAUGCUCGAGGUCCCGCGCAUCACGAGCACGGACGCGCACGCGCCGACGGGGUACUACCUCAAGGAGAGGCCCGACCCGACCUUCUUCCCCGGGCGGGCGGCGACGAUCUACUACCGCGCGCCGAGGGAGGACGGGGCGCCGCCGGCGGGCGCGCUGGGGAAGCUCCGGUCGCUGAUCCACCACGCGGACCGCGAGAUCGGGAAGCUGGGGAUCCUGCACCCGAGCGUGCUCGAGAAGUUCGACAUCGGGUACCCGUGCUCGGCGCUCGAGUUUUCGCUCGAGCCGUUCAAAAAGAAGAUGUCCGCGAUGUGGACGAACGACGAGUGAGGCGGCGGCGGCGCCGAGGGCGGGACUGACUGUGUCUGUAUUUCGAGCUAGAAGAGUGUGAGAGUAAUGAAUGGCUGUUGUAGUACCCCGUC